CUUUGGAAAGGACAGAGUGGACUGCAGAGUUGGCUUCGUUGGUGAGGGCAAGUCGUGAUGCGGACAGCAUCAGCAGUUCGUCUCAGCUAGAGUUUCUUAAUUCAGUAACGCAAGAUUUCAGUUCACUGCAAACAAGGCCCUCAGCAUGCGGAAACUGCACAACGCUCUUCGGAUGCUCUUCGUACUUCACUUAUGCGCUAGUAGAAGAGCAGAGCAAGAUGGUGCAAUAAUAAGGCAUAUCCAGCGUAGAGCUGUGGAUGCUCAUAAGCACUGUGGAAAAGAUUUCCCGUGUCUGAACUCAACACAGUGCGUUCCUCAGGACUCGAUAUGCGACGGGACGCCUGACUGUGACAACGGCUCAGACGAGUGGGAGGUGGAGGAAUGUCGAGACUGGAAUUUAGCAAAGAUGUGGGAUAAUUUCUUUGGGACAAAGAAUGAUGACUCUGGUGAAGAGGAAGAGGAUGACUUAGAUCAAGGAUUACGCCCACAACAAACUGUGUUCGAUGCACAUGGACACUGCGGAGAGGAGUUUCCAUGUAUGAACUCUACACAGUGCGUGCCUCGGGAAGCAAUAUGCAAUGGUAAACCUGACUGCGAUAACGGGUCAGAUGAGGAGGAGAUAGUGUGCAGAAACAAGAAGAUGCGGGAUAAUAUUGAAGACAUCAGACAGGAAAUCCCAUGUGAGGAGGGAACUUUCCCCGAAUCUUGUGACUGCUUCGUUGAAAUAGAGCAGACACGGACAGCAGAGCUGCCGUCACUAGCAUCGCCUUAUAAUACGACUGGAGAUGCGUCUACGUAUCGAGAUGCAUAUGACAUUGACAGCAACAGUACCGAUGGGGUACGGUACGGAUCUGAAGUACGGGGUGUGGUGAUUGGUAUCAGGCUGGACUGCCGUGCUAAACAACUGACCAACGUCCCAAGAAACCUUCCAAACAACACGAUAUCAUUAGAUUUAUCAGAUAAUAAAAUAACACACCUGACCAAAAAAGAUUUGACAAACCUUCCGCAAUUGCGUCAACUGUUAUUAUCCAGGAACAAACUGAAAAGAAUGGAGGAGGGAGCUUUCAAACCUCUGACAGAUUUGGAAACCUUACGAAUGAUCGCCUGUGAUUUAGAAGAUGUGCAACAAAGAAUGUUCGCGGCACAAAAGCGUCUAGUUACUCUGGAUCUGCGCUACAAUAAGCUGACAAGGCUGGUUAAGAAUAGUCUGUUCGGCCUUCGUAACGUGAAAUAUUUUGAUAUUCGAGGGAAUCAGCUGUCGGAGAUUGAGACUGGAGUGUUUGAAGAUACGCCAAAGCUUUACUUCAUGCUUGUCUCACAAAACAAAUUGUCGUCUAUACCAGCAAAUCUCCUCAGACCGCUUCGAGAACUUCGGACGCUGGACGUUCAUCGUAACGACAUCAGCGUCAUUGAAACGGGUGCAUUUUCUACUAACACCAAGUUAAUCGAAUUAAACUUGCGUGACAACAAACUUACUGAGAUCAGAAGAGGUAUAUUUCACAGUCUUACAAGUACCAUCACACUGUCUCUAAGUAAUAACAGCAUACGGCAUUUGGAGCAAGAUGCAUUUGCUGGUAUGAACAACCUCCAAACACUCAAAUUGACCAAAAAUCCUUUUACAUCUUUGCCAGUAGGCAUAUUUGACCAGUUAAUCAGCUUGAAGGCAAUCUACUUCGAUCACUUCUCCUUGUGCGGUUAUGCUCCACAUGUCCGCCUUUGCAUGCCCAAGAGUGACGGUAUCUCUACGGCUGAGAACCUUCUGGGUAACAUUCUUCUUCGCUUCGCUGUCUGGUUCGUUGCCCUCCUGGCGUCCCUCGGCAACGCAUUCGUACUCCUUGCACGCUGCUUUGUAAACGAGGACAAAAAGACACAUUCGUUUUUCAUUAUGAAUCUGGCCGUGGCUGACCUCCUCAUGGGGCUCUACCUUCUUAUCAUCGGAAUUCAUGAUGUCAUCUUUAGGGGAUCCUACAUCCUCCACGAUCUAACUUGGAGGAACAGUUCGGUGUGUAAGUUGAGCGGCUUCCUUAGUCUCCUCUCCAGCGAAGUUUCCAUCAUGACUCUAACUGUAAUCACGUUGGAUCGCUUCUUAAGCAUUGUCCAUCCGUUCCGGUUUAAGAAUCGAAGUCUGGUCCAUGCUCGUCUGCUUAUGGUGUUUCUUUGGUUACUCGGCAUUGCCUUGGCAACCAUUCCCCUGUUACACACAGCGUACUUCGGGGAAUUUUAUUACGGGGGGAAUGGCGUUUGUCUUCCCCUACAAAUCGACCAGCCCUUCGCGGAUGGAUGGGAGUUCUCCCUCGUCAUUUUCGUCGUGUUCAACCUCGUAGCCUUCACAUUCAUCUCGUACGCCUAUCUUAUGAUGUUCAUGACCAUUCGGCGGUCCAACCUUGCCAUGAGAUCGACUAAGAAGAAUCAGGACUGGGCGCUGGUGAAGCGGUUUACGCUGAUCGUUGCUACGGACUUCGUCUGCUGGAUGCCUAUCAUAAUUGUUAAGUUUGUAGCACUUGGAGGUGUCAGCGUUUCGCAGAGCGUCUACGCUUGGUUUGCCAUCUUUGUGCUCCCAAUCAAUAGCGCCCUCAAUCCCAUCCUCUACACCAUGACAACUGUACUCUUCAGGCAGAAGAUCUUGGCACCUCUCGGCAUCGUCAAGGCGAAGCGGAAGAAAGGCUACAUCACUGGAGUCUCAGUUGACGAGACCUCCACCAUGUCCAAGAACUCGGGUACCAGGCUGUCUAUUAUCUCAAACAAGUCUCGCGGUGGGUCGCUGAACGGGCGAUUUAACUCGCAAAAGAAGCUAAAGAAUCUGAGCUCGUUGGAUUCUACCGACGAAUCAGUCACCUGCAGCGCAGCCCAAACAACCUCCUUGAAGAUUAAGAAGCACCGGGCGGCGACUGCCGACUACCAUGAGCUACCAACAUCAGAUCCAGAUUGCGCACCGUCUGGCGUCAACGAUGACAUGGAGUGAUGGCUUGCAUUUUUAAAGUAUUCCACCGUGUGAUAAACGAGCUGGAGUUUGACUCAAGCGUGUCCUAGGCAAAAUUAACCCACAUAUGAAUUCCACAAGAUUUUUUUGUAAAAGAAGAAUUGUUAAAAGCAGUGCCAAUGAUGAAACGGAAGUCAACUGUUAGCAUGCUGUGCUCCUAAAGUAGAAAGGUCAAGUCGGACAAAGUGUCAAUUUUAAUUUCUGUUCAAAGAUCAUACGAUUUGCAAAUACACGUGAAUAGGUCGUUAGGCAACUGGUAUAAGAAAGAUAAUCACUUUAUGCGUUGGUUGGCAAAUUUUCACCAGUUGAAAGAUGUGAGAAGCCAAAGUUAGUGCAACUAUAUAAACAUUAAAAUCUUUACUUUGUGUAACCAUUAGCAAGUAUUAACUGCUUGCAUAGUGCACUGUCAGUUACGUAUUCAUUUAAUGUUUUGUUUUGUUUAUUUGUUUGUGUUUUUUUGGCAAGCAAGCCUGUAAAUGUAUUUUGUGAUCAUUUGUGACUCUUUGAACAAAAAUAACGUUCAAAUCAUGUUUUGUAUCGAAAAAAUGUAUGCUGAUUAGAAAAGUCGUCAACGUUAUGUGUAAAAAUAAGAUGGAGGAGUGCUGUCACGCGACAGACCUAUUCAUUUAAAGGGGAUGCAUAAUAGGAACCCGACUUGUGGACCUGGGUCAAUAACAAUAUCAGGGGUUUGGAGUGCCGACUGAAGUUGUCCAAAAUUAAGUAGAACUGCCAUCAAACUAGUGGCACAUCUGAGGCUGUAGGCUGCUUCGAGUAUUACACCCCAAGAGCUUUCUUUUUUGUUGCAAAUGUUUUAGUGUAUUUCAGAAUAAAAAGCUUUAUCCGCGAAAUACUUCUUCCUGGGCUCUAAUUAUUCACAGAGGUUUUACUCUGGAAACCAAAUAUCGAAUAAUCCUGGGAUACAGGAUGGUAAGCGAAUGAUUGGCCUGAACACCUACCAGCCUUUGUAUUCGAAAAAAACAUCGACUGUAGCAUUCAUGAUAAUUCUAAAUCCUAUUUUUAAUUUGUAAUGUCCAAGAAUAAUAAUUAUAUCAUCGGUAAAACUGCAAUGUGUUUAACUUAAUACUCCUUUGCAUUGGUACAAAGCGUAGUACAUUGCCUAGAAUCCCAGUUUUAUAAAUUUAUUGACAUUUUCCAUGCUAAAAAUAACAAUGGCCACAAUAUUUAUCCAGACUUUGCAAGCGCUGAUUGCUUUCAAUAAGGAAAAACUAACUUGCAAGGUAUAUGUUGCAGUUGAACGGACAACUUUCUAAACAGCUUGUCUCUCCAUUACCGGUACACAUGGAUUUGUCUUACAUUUUAAUUUGUCCAAAUUUCUCUUUUGAUAAAUUAAAUUUGGUUUUUGCCGAGGGUGAAUAACUGUUUGUCAGUUCCCUGCCAUCCUCAAGCCAAGCAACGCCAGAAUUUCUGUCUUUGAAGAAGUUUAAACGCGAUUGCUUGUUAUUUAUGAGAUAUCUAUAUAGCUAAUCAACAAGUGUAUAAAAUUACAGCACCUUCGUUUGGUCCAAACAAUGGCAUUGUGUUAAAAAUCUUAACUAUCUUAUUGCCAUGUGAAGGUUAAUUGAAACACUUUGUUGCAAAAGAAAGAAGGGCUCAUAAAAUAUGUUUUCCAAGCAGAAUGGGAUAUGUACUGGAUAAAAUAUUUUUAAAAAUGUUAAUAACAAUUAACUAUGUGUAUAAAUGUUCAUAUGCGUAUAAAUGCAGUGAGAGAAUUAUAAAUAAUUCAUUGUGAAUAACAAAAGUCAUUAGAGUGUUGAUCAGAAAUAGAUUAUUCUAGAAUUAAAG